GUUACGACGAAGAGACGCAUCAACUGUCCUCUUCUCGCUUCUUCGUGUUGUUCGGAGCGUUCAGGGAUGUUUGUGCGCGGAAAAUGCUGCAGCAUACAGCUCACUUGAGCUCAGAAGAAUACUCGCUCGCUGCAGCGGAUGCGGAACCCACAUCUCCACCGUCGGCGGAAAGCUUCAGGGGCUGCGAUCUCUUGCGCACUGCUGCUGCUGUCGACGCAGUUCCGAGUGGACGCUACCAUUGAUGUCCCUGCGCAGCUGCAUCAACUUCAGCUUCAGAACUCAGCGAGUAGAGGCAACGGAGACACUGCCGCGCCUCAAGUUGUAUUGACGAAUGUUCCGGACUCGCUAUUUCAACGGCUUUCGGAGAAAUCGGUGCGGUGGGACGCGUUAUCGGGGUACCUCCAACGAGCGCUGCUGUGGGAUGCAGGUCUCGUGAUGACAAGUGAAGGUCGACUUGUUCAAGUCUACGUGCCGUGCGAUGAGGACAUGUCGGUCAUCUUGACGACGUUUGAGGCGUUCCGGGGCAAGGAUUGCCCGCUGGGGACGUGCGAGUCGACAAUGCUGUACUUUGCAGAGUCGACAUGUUCACGCUCGACCGUGUGGAAGGCAGCUCAGUGCGGCAUCCACGCAAGCGAGAAGAAUGCAACGGAUAUUGUCGAUGCACAGUCGAGCUCGCUUUGGUCCGAAGAUGGGAGUUUAUCGAGCGUCCCGGAUGUUCGACUCUACAAGCACAAGCUAAACGACAGCGCCGGGUCGGAUGGCAUUGAAGAAGUUGUGGGCUCCGAUUCUACCGGUAACUACACAAUCGAGGCUGACGUCCUCUUCACAAUAAACCAAAUUGAACUGUUCCCGGCCACGAUCGAGAGCUGUCCAAGCGAUCCCUUCUUCGUCGCGCCGUGCAUACAGUUCUACGACCUCCACGAGUCACCUGAAAACCCUUGGUGUCUUCCGAAACGCGGUGGGUUCGUUGAUCUAUGGCUUGAUAGCGAAAUAUCGGGCGAAUUGAUGGCAUCUGAUAACUCCACAACUCCUGCAUCGUCCCUCUCCAACGAUGUCUCCACGGGUAUUUCAGGGGAAUCCGUUAUCCUUGUGGUGCUUUUCAUCCUGCUGGCAGCAGCCGUAGGAGCGCUGUUCGUAGUGCACGUCAACCGCAUGAAGAGAGACGCGAGGAUUGUCGAGUCGUCUCCCACAAUCUUCGAGAGCGCGACGACAAUGCGCUCAAAGCGCCGAACAAACGGUACACGAAAUAUGCUCUACAGUUAUCGAAACUCCUUGAGUGAGUCUCGACGACGGCGGUCGAUAGAAUUGACAACCUUUUGCGCCGACGCGAAGAUCGCAUCAAGGCGCAUUGCGUACGACAGCCUCACCUUUGACAGAUUAAUUGCACGCGGGGCUAACGGCGAAGUUUGGCGUGGCACCUGCGGCUCGCAAGUCGUGGCUAUCAAGCAGCUUUUGCCCGAGAAACGUCACGAUGAGAGCCAUGUCAUGCUGUUCUCCAACGAAGUACGACUCGCGUCCUCUCUCGAGCACCCUAACAUUGUUCGGUUUGUGGGUCUGUCCUGGAAUCGCGUGUGUGACUUGUGCAUCGUCUCUGAGUUCAUGGAGCAAGGAGAUUUAUCCGUGCUACUCAACUCCAAGAGGGGAGACGAACUCACGUGGGGCAAAGAGAAAUUGGGAAUCGCUACGGAUAUCGCCGAGGCUCUGGCUUAUCUUCACGGCAGGCAACCGAUUAUCAUCCACCGCGACCUCAAGUCGCUGAAUGUGCUGCUUGACAAUCGACUACGUGCCAAACUCAGCGACUUUGGGCUCAGUCGCGAGCGCUCGUCUGACGAUACGAUGACUAACGGUGUGGGUACUUUGCUCUGGACAGCGCCCGAGAUCCUGCGCGGCGAGGCUUACAGUGAAAAAGCCGACGUGUAUUCGUACGCCAUUGUGCUGUCCGAACUGGACACGUGCUUGCCGCCCUUCACGCUCAAUACUGAGGUGAGCGAGCGCCGUCUGACCACGAUGCAACUCAUGCACCUGGCCACGUCGGGCGAAGUCUCACCCCAGCUGCGCGACGACUGCCCCAUUUCGCUGCAGCAGCUCACUGCAGCCUGCGCCUCCUUUGAGCCCAACCAGCGGCCCAACGCCCUGGAGAUUGUUUUCACGCUUCGCAACAUUGCUCGUACCAUGAAGUUUGACGCCGCCAAGAGCGCGUAGCCAUUCGUUUUCCUAGUGAUGAAGCGAUCGUACCGCACAAAAGUAUCUUUUGAUUUAAGUUGCAUCCAAUGGUGUACUAGUAUCUGAAAGGCAUUAAUGAUGAAGCCA